GUUUGCUACAAUUUCUUAUGACCGCCAUUUUACAUUACCGAGGUGGGGAUACGGUAACUGGCGUUCUUAUUGUAAGUUUACGAAAGUGGAGUUUUAUUUCAAUACAUUUUUAAUAAAUCAGUGUAAAAUAUAGACAUAAACGUAAAUUGAAGUUACAAAAGCGGUCCUUAAAAAGUGAUAGUGUUUUGUGAUUUUGGAGUGAAGAAAGCUCGCUGUACUGGGAAUCUAACAGCGUGGCUCCAUUGGCUUCUCUUUGUUUCUGUACUCUCUGUCAAGGAAAGUGUAAGGCUCUUCGCGUGCGACAAUGAAGCGCACCUUGAACCGCGAAAGGUAACCUGAGGGUCGUCGUCGCGGAAGAAGUGGUCGAAAAAGAAGAAGAACCGAAUCGAAAUAAUAAGGGGACCGUCGAUCGGUAAAAAGCGAUUGCGCGCGCUUUUUUUUUUGUGCGUGCGUGUGUGUUUGUGUGUGCGAGUUGGUGGUAGUGCGCGCGCGAUAGUGCCUAUUUUAAUUGCAUGUGUGGCUAGUUGCAUCCAAUGGACAAAAGAAAAAUGAUGCCCAAAAGGCCUAGGUUUGAGCCACGCGGUCCCAUCUCCAACGGACCCAUGCAGACCCGACCUCUUGUAGCCUUAUUGGACGGUCGCGAUUGUUCUAUAGAAAUGCCAAUAUUGAAAGACGUCGCCACGGUGGCGUUUUGCGAUGCGCAGAGCACCAGCGAAAUACACGAAAAAGUGCUUAACGAAGCGGUGGGCGCCCUCAUGUGGCAUACCAUCAUUUUGACAAAGGAGGACUUGGAAAAAUUCAAAACUUUACGUAUUAUAGUGCGCAUAGGUAGCGGUGUAGAUAAUAUUGACGUAAAGGCCGCAGGUGAACUUGGUAUAGCUGUGUGCAAUGUGCCCGGAUAUGGUGUAGAGGAAGUCGCCGAUACUACCAUGUGUCUCAUAUUGAACCUGUACAGGCGAACCUAUUGGUUGGCGAACAUGGUUAGAGAAGGAAAAAAAUUCACAGGACCCGAACAGGUUCGAGAAGCUGCCACCGGAUGUGCUCGGAUACGAGGCGAUACGCUCGGUAUCGUAGGAUUAGGAAGAAUCGGAUCGGCAGUGGCAUUAAGGGCGAAAGUAUUCGGUUUCAACGUUAUAUUUUACGAUCCCUAUUUGCCGGACGGUAUCGAGAAAAGUCUCGGUUUGACGCGAGUUUAUACUCUACAAGAUCUUCUUUUCCAAUCCGAUUGUGUGUCGCUCCAUUGUACGCUCAACGAACACAACCAUCACCUCAUCAAUGAAUUCACCAUCAAACAGAUGAGGCCAGGAGCGUUUUUAGUAAACACGGCUCGAGGUGGUCUAGUCGACGACGACGCCCUAGCGCAAGCCCUUAAACAAGGUAGAAUCAGAGCCGCCGCUCUGGACGUACACGAAAACGAGCCGUACAACGUAUAUACGGGGCCUUUGAAAGAAUGUCCGAAUUUAUUGUGUACGCCGCACGCGGCGUUCUACAGCGACGCAUCGGCUACCGAAUUGAGAGAAAUGGCAGCAUCCGAAAUACGAAGGGCGAUCAUGGGAAGGAUACCAGAAUGCCUCAGGAAUUGCGUUAACAAGGAAUAUUUCAUGGGACCCGGAGCAUAUCCUGAAGGUACAGUUUCUCCGGCUGGUGUCAACGGUGGUUACUACCAAGGCGCGACUCUACCAGUUCAACAAGCGCAUUCGACAACGCCCCACGAAGCACCUCAUACCGUAGCACCGAGUGCAGCAGCGCCGCCCGCGCCGCAACAACCGGCGCCGCCAGUGGGACCAGUUCCUGUACCGCCCCAUGCGAUUCCGUUUUAUUUGCAGCCGAUGAGUACACCUGAUCCAGCAAAUCACCACGCACCCAAACCCGAACCUUCGGAAGUCCACUAACGUUUAUAUCAAUGACCCAGAUAAGAGUUUCUCGAAGGGCAAAGUACCGCUAAGGAAUGUGUGGAGUGCAUGUUGAAAAAUAAUCACAAUAUUAUUUUAUUUUAUUAUUUUUUGAAAAUAUCUACGUUUCCUGUUUGUGUUUUUUUUUUGUUCGACUCUGUAAAGUAUAUAUAAUAUAUACAUAUCGCAAACACACGUACACACACACACACAUACACUGAGAAAAAAAAAACAUCACAUGCCUUAUAAAUAUAAAUAAACAAUAAUAUGUACCGUUCGUGCUCUAGACUCAUUCUGAAAUACCACCCCCACCCCUAACGUUGGUUCUUUUUCUUGUUUUAAUUUUAGUUGAUGUGAUUUUUUUUUAAUUAUAAUUCGAUAAUUUUUUAAUGAUAAAAAAAAUUUGUUUUUAUGUACAUAAAACGUGAUUUUAUUAGUGGAAAUUGUGAUUUGAAUGGAAAGGUUUUCAGAUGAGUCUGCCACAUACAGGGUGAGUCGACUUUGGAAAAUAUCUUCUGGCAUUUUUUUUUUUUUCAUUCGUUUAUCUACUAUAAAUGCGCGUUAACAAUAAUUGCGCAGCUACGAAAAUAUUGAAUUCGAUGCAGAUAAAAUAUUUUGCGCGAAUAUCAAAAAAAUUAUCGCUGUUAUGAUAAAUUUUAAACGUAAUCAAAAUCGCGGCUGCACUUUUGCGCUAAAAAUCGCGCGCGCAUCAUAAUAUUUGGAUUGUUGGAAUCAUUUUUGAAUUUGCGAAAUAUUAAUAAGCGCUAUAAUAAAAUGAUGCGCAAAUUUGUACAAUUAUGCGCUUAAUUGGAAGAAAAUGGGAAAUAUUGCAGCAAAAGAAAUGAUCGGGAAAAUGUGGAAAUCAAAAAAAGUUUAAAGCAUAGUACCCGCGAUGAAAUUGCGCUAAAUAUCGCGAGCGCAACGAAAUAUCAAAAGUGUAAAUUAUAACUUAUCGCCAAUAGUGCGUUAAAGAAAAAUAUUGCGCAAAAUAAAUUCAUAUAUAUAUAUAUUGUAAUAGCAAAAAAGAUCGUAGAACCUAUAAACUUCCUAAUUAUGCGCAAUAUUGAAAAUUUGACCCUCAGCAAAAAAUGAUGCGCAAUAUAAAAAAUUUGAUCGUUCAACAAAAAUUGAUACGUAAUGUUGAAAUUAUCCGUUUACAGAAAAACUAUGCGCAAUAUUAAAAAAUUGACUUGUCUUCAGAAAAAUGAUGCGCAAUAUUAAUAAACUUGAUUGUUUAACAAAGAAUUGAUGCGCAAUAUAAAAAAUAUGAUCCUUUAACAGAAAAAUGAUGCGCAAUAUUAAUAAAUUUGAUUGUUUAACGAAGAAUUGAUGCGCAAUAUUAAAAAAUUUGAUCCUUUAACAGAAAAAUGAUGCGCAAUAUUAAUAAAUUUGAUUGUCUAACAAAGAAUUGAUGCGCAAUAUAAAAAAUUUGAUCCUUUAACAGAAAAAUGAUGCGCAAUAUAAAAAAUUUGAUCCUUUAACAGAAAAAUGAUGCGCAAUAUUAAUAAAUUUGAUUGUCUAACAAAGAAUUGAUGCGCAAUAUAAAAAAUUUGAUCCUUUAACAGAAAAAUGAUGCGCAAUAUAAAAAAUUUGAUCCUUUAACAGAAAAAUGAUGCGCAAUAUUAAUAAAUUUGAUUGUUCAACGAAGAAUUGAUGCGCAAUAUUAAAAAAUUUGAUCCUUUAACAGAAAAAUGAUGCGCAAUAUUAAUAAAUUUGAUUGUCUAACAAAGAAUUGAUGCGCAAUAUAAAAAAUUUGAUCCUUCAACAGAAAAAUGAGGCGCAAUAUUAAUAAAUGUGACGGUUAAAUAGAAAAAUGUAGCGCAAAAUCUUUCCUAAAUAAAUAAACUUUGCGCGCAAUAAAAACUACACUAAAACUAUUUUUAAUGAUUAUUUGAGCAAAUACGCAAUUUAACCAGUCGAAAUUGAAAAAUUUCUGUUCCUGUGCACUAUUAGCCGUCAAGUUACUAAUUUUCCAAAAUAAAAAAUCUAAUUUCCAUUAAAUUUAAUUAUUAUUGCGCAAAAAAGAUUUUAUAGUUGCGCGGAAUUGCGCUAAAUAAAAAAUACAUAUCGAUGAUUGUAUUUUGCGCUAAAUUAUAACGUAGCGAUUAUUCCAUUGCGCAAUAAUAACAAAUUUGUUUUUUUUUUUAUAAAUUGCUUUUAAAGAAGACGUUUUCCAAACAAUCCUAUCGACUGCGCCAAUUAUAAUAAUAAAUUUUCUAAUCUGUUGAUGUUCAUUUAAACAUUGUAUAUUUCUAGAUGUUUUUUAAUGCAAAGAAAACUGUUUUCUGUGUUUAUCAAUUUUUCGCUUCACAUAGUAGGAAAACUUUUUUUUUUUUAAAUAACAGAAUGGGUCGACGUUCUUUUAUAAAAAAAAAUGUUUUUAAUCUAAUCAAACAUUUAAAUAGAUUUUCGUUACGUUAUUUUAGACCGAUUCGUUUCAAUAUUUACAGGGUGUGUCCUAAAACGCAUCAGCAUUAAUUUUCCUUUUAAUUUUUUUUUUAAUUUUCUUUCGUUCUUUCUUAUUACUAAGUGCAUUAUUAUGUUCAGAGGAAAGCUAAACUGCGGUAUUUUUUACAAGAAUAGUUAUAUAUUUUUAAGUUUUAGUUGUCGUCUGAGGAAAAAAAUAAAUUAGGGCAUCGGCCAUUGGCGGAAAACAAAAAUCGCAUAAAACAAAUAUUUCCAAUGGAAUUUUCAUUCUUUAAUUUUAGUUAGUAGAAGAUCGUCAAUUCGAUUUUAUCAAUUUUUCCAAUAUAUCCGGUUUGGAAUCGCUAAUUUGGCGUUUUCGUGAUCGAAAAAUCCGUUUAUCGAAUCGAAAAUUAGUAUUUCCAGUUCAAUAAUUCGAACCUUAAUCAUUGUUACUAAUUUCCGAUAUCCUGAAUAUCGAUAAAUGGAUACUGAAUUAUCGAAAACGCUAAAUUAAUAACACCGGCAAAUACAAAAAUAGAGUUUUUUCUUUCUCACUUUGUAUCUCCAUUCGUUGAAUUAUUUUGUGAAUUUAUGGGGAUAUAUAACCCCCUAUUCAUUCAAAAUUUUCCAACCCCUUGAUUUAAAAUAUCAUUAGGAACGCAUUUAGAUCAAUGAUUAAUUUAAAUUGCAAUCCUGUCUUAAAAAUAAAACGCUAAGCAUAAGAUUUGAUGACUCAAUUUUUUUCUAUCACAUUAAAAUGGAAUUUUUCCAACGUAGAAGGUUUUAACCUAUAAAUAACCCAAUGAAAGGGAAUCAAAAGGUGUUAUAUUUUCAUUCAACUCAUAUUUUCGAUAUUGGAACAUUAAUAUUGCACCAUCUUCAUCAAUUUCUUGUUUUAAUGAUAUUUUAUUUUAAAUUAUCUUAAUUCUUACAAAAAAACAGCUCUUGAUCUUCGAACAACCCUACACGGUACUUCGUAGACGUUCCUAUAUAUAUCUAGAGUCAUUUUUGAUAUUUAUUACACAGGUAUCGAUAGUGUCUUCUAAUUCCAAAAUUGAUAUCGAAUCGUUUUGUAAGGGUCGUUAUGGUCUUCGAAUAACCCCACAAAAAGUGACCCAGUGUUGUUGAAACGGUAAAUAUUGAAUUAGUGCCUCUUCGUUCGAUACAUUUACUUGAGACAGUGUCUCACAGCUCUUCCAGGAGCCAUUAUUUUGGAAAAGUGACCAUCUGUCAAAACUGUAUUACUGAUACUGAUUAUAGGGAUGGUAAUUUUUGAUAUCUAUUAUACAGGUAUCGAUAGUGUCUUCUAAUUCAUUCGGAAAAUUAAUAUUAAAUCAUUUCGUAUGGAAAAAAUUCCAGAAUUGUCUUAGUUCCUUAAAAAAACCAGGUUUUGGUCUUUAAACAACCCAAAAAAAGAACCCAAAUGGUGUUAUUAAUUUUUUAUAAUGUGUGAUUGAAAAAAAAUUGACAUACAAGCAUUUUAUUUUUAAGAUUAAAAAAAAACAAAUGUAAAUAUGGUAUUUUUGAAUAUUUCAUCUAAAUACCUUCCUAAUGUUGUACACCACACCAAUUAUUUCAAAUUAAGGGUUUUGACACUGACAAAUAACACGAAAUAGAAUAGAGCCUUGAUGAUCUGAUCUACCAUUUUCCAGAUAUAUGUUCAAAUCACAAAAUACUUGCUCAUAAAUUCAUCUAUUUCCGUUUGGCGGGUUAUAUUUAUUGAUCAAGAAAAGGCUUCUUGUCGCAAGUUACUCACCGUCAUAUUUUCGUCAACUUAGUUCGAACAAAUGUUUAGUACUGAUAUAAUUUGUUAAGAAAAUAGUUUCUUCUGUAUAUCAAUGGUAGAGUAGAAGAUUAAGCGGAAGAUCGUUUACCACGUCGAAACCAUCAAUUUUCUUAUGUUGCCUUGUUUAAGCCAUAUAGAGACAUCCAAGAUUAUGAUGAGACGUGAUCCCAACAUUGCUUUUGUAACUGUGACUCAUUUUGAUAAAAAUUCAUCAUUUUCUUGUUAUCCGAAAACUUAUCUUGACAUUUUCAAUUACAUCUUGAUCCAAUUUGGUACAGGAAAAUUGUCUUCUUCUGUAACCAAAUUUUCAACAACUGGAUGUCCGGGUGCAUUAUCUAAGGUCACAAUAUUUUUUGUAGUAGACCUAAUUUUACUUCUGGAAUGAAAUGUCCUUCGAAUUACUUUCGGAAAAUAUCUUUAGGUACCCAAACACUCCUUUACAUAGAAAGAUUUUGGCUUUUUGGCCUUUGCCACAUCUAAUAACUGUAAUCUAUGUGCCGUAUGUAAUUCAUUUAUCUUUAUCUUUGAAACUGUCCACUGUUCGGUUAUUGUUAGACGUGGGAACAAUUUUUAUAGUAACUUCAAAAGUCGCAUAUUCGGUAAGAGACAGAAGGGGGAGUAGUCGACGGAUUAACGGAUUAUCGAGGCUCUAUUGUAUCUAGUUCACACUGUAUAUAAAGAAGACUGAUACACGUUGAUGAUCUUUUAGUAAAAUUUGGAUUUGUGGUUCCGUCAAGCCGACCCUGUAUAUUUGUACAAUAUCUUUUUAUCUGCAAUGUUGUAUGAAUGAGUAAUAGCCCAAGAUUUUGCGUUUUUUUAGAAAAAGAAGAUGAAAAAUUAUAUAGUAUAAAUUAUAUGAGAAUUAAAGUAUGUAUAAGUUGAUAUCGAGGACAUUGUUGACGAUGUUAAUAAAAUUAAAAACACCAGUGAAAGGAUCGAAAAGUGAACUUGAAGAAACGUUUUUUUUUUUUGUUUUUUGGAGGUUAAAUGUGCGGGUUCGAAUAAAUUUCAUAUUUGUAGGAUAUUUAGUGAUAUUUGUGACUAAUUUGAGUAAAAUGAAUACAUACGAUACAAAAAAAAA